CUGUACAUUAUUGUCCGAUUGAAAAAAAGGCCUGGUCCUUGUGUGCGGUGGAAAAACUGGCCUUGAUGUGUCCAUACAUGAAAUGGGUGGGACAACAAUAUCUGUAGUCUACACAACCGUAUGUGUCAGUGUGUAAAAUGUCUGGAGAUACCAGCACCCUGUCCUGGAGGGGCAUGUCUCCCACUAGCCAACGAGAGAUCCCAGAUGUGUCUCCCAUGGCAACUGUGGGCAGGACCGGCAUCUUCCCAGCAAAGAUCAUCAAAGUCUGUUUCCUCAGCAACAGUUUCAACCUUGGCAAGAACUUCAAACUGGUCCGCUGUGACGAAGGAAAGACAGUCAGGGAUGUCAUCAGCAUUGUCCUAUCCGGUGGUUGCGUGGGUCCAGAUAUAAAACACACCCUCUGUUAUGGUCUCCUCCUCAAACAUCUCAAGUCGUCUGAAGUACACUGGCUGCACCCGGACCUCACCAUGUUGGAACUCACCCAGCGAUAUGAGCAGCAGCACCUGGAGGCCGAGUGGAGAUAUGACUUGAGGAUCAGAUACAUUCCAUCAGAUUUCAUGGAAAAGUUCAGAGAUGACAGAACCACCAUGCUCUACUUUUACCUGCAGGUACGGAGUGACUAUAUGCAGAAGUUUGCCUCCAAAGUCAGUGAUGGAAUGGCUUUGCAGCUUGGGUGCCUGGAGAUCAGGAGAUUCUACAAGGACAUGAAUCCAAAUGGACUGGAGAAAAAGUCCAACUUUGAGCUGUUAGAAAAGGAUGUGGGACUGGACUUGUUCUUUCCAAAAGAGCUGAUCAACAGCAUGAAGCCCAAGCAGCUGCGUAGGCUGAUCCGACAGACGUUCCAGGGCUACGGCACUCUGAACCAGGAACAAUGUAUGGCCAAGUUCUUCGUCACUCUGGCGCAGUGUUACAGCUACACACAGGAGAGCUUUGCCUGCCUGCUGGUGCACGGUUGGAGCGUAACAAUCGACCUGGUCAUCGGCCCUGAGGGGAUCAGUCAGCAAACUGACAACUCAACACCCAUCCGUCUGGCCACGUUCUCUCAGGUGAGCGGCAUCACCUGCUCGGCAGAGAGCCACGGCCGAGCCCUGCUCAACGUUCACAUCAUGGGAACCAAGCAGCCACUCUCGGUGAGCACAGCAUCUCUGGCCGUAGCAGAAAACAUGGCCAACCUGAUUGACGGCUACUGCCGGCUGGAGGGCGUCUCAGAGGGCUCGCUCAUUAGCCGACCUAGCAAAGUGAGACUGAAACUGCCCGACAUUCCAAAACACGAUGAUUCCCCUCGACCCAGCAGAGAUUCAGACAUUUAUGCUGAGAUUUCUGAGAACAGUCCGGAGCCGUGUGUCGACUCAGAGAAGCUUAGGAUCUCCCGAGCUGAUGUCAUCCUGGGUGGGAUCCUGGGUGAGGGCUUCUUUGGAGAGGUUCACAGUGGUGUUUACACAAGCCCGACAGGGGAAAAGAUCCAAGUGGCCAUUAAAACAUGCAAGGACUGCUCACCGGGUGUAAAGGAGAAGUUUCUUAGUGAAGCCGACUUGAUGAAAAAUCUAGACCACCCUUACAUUGUACGACUGAUUGGAGUCAUUGAGGUCAACCCCAUAUGGAUUGUCAUGGAGCUUUAUGAGCAUGGAGAGUUGGGGAAAUAUCUGAUGGAGCAGAAGUACAUCCUGACAACAGCGACUUUAAUUCUGUACUGUCUGCAAAUCUGCAAAGCCUUAGCUUACCUGGAAGGCCUCAACAUGGUGCACAGAGACAUCGCGGUGAGAAACAUCCUGGUGGCUUCUCCUGACUGCGUCAAGCUUGGCGACUUUGGUCUAUCUCGUUACAUUGAUGACCAAGAGUACUACAAGGCCUCGGUUUCACGUUUGCCGAUCAAAUGGAUGGCACCGGAAUCUAUCAACUUCCGACGGUUCACUGCUGCAAGCGACGUGUGGAUGUUUGGCGUGUGUGUGUGGGAGAUCUUCUCCAUGGGCCAGCAGCCGUUCCUCUGGCUGGAGAACCGGCAAGUGAUCGCUCAGCUAGAGUCCGGCGUCCGACUCCCUAAGCCACUGCUGUGCCCGUCAGCUGUUUACUCUCUGCUGACCUGCUGCUGGGCCUACGAGCCGCAUGCCCGACCUGGCUUUAGCCAGCUGGUCUGCUCCCUUAGUGACAUUCAGACAAUGGAGCAUGCAGAUAAACCAGACGACAUCUCAUCAAUCUCGCUACUGGACCUCGAGCACAGCGAGCCGCCCCCAAAGCCUUCCAGAGUGGGCAUCAUCCGGCCAUAUGUCUCAUGUGUGCAGAGAAGGGAUGAGCCAGAACAAGUUGAUGAUACUUUACAAAGGCAAAGAAGAGAGAUGCUGAUGGAUAGACAGUGGCUGGAGCAAGAGGAACGACAACUGCACCCUGCUGUGCGACAGGCUUCAGCUAGCAAGCUUCCGGAAAAAAGUUUGGCUGAUGUGAGUGGUCCGUCAACAAAGCCCGUAGUGCCUCCGGAAGUCACACCGUUACAACCCACAGCUGAGCUGGACCGAUCAGGUGAUCAAGUGUACUCUGGUGUCAUGGCGAUGGUCAGAGAGGUGGUCCAGCUUAAGAAUGAAGUCAACACGCUACCAGCCUCAGAGUACGCCAACGCUGUCAAAGCAAUUGGCAUCACUCUCAGGAGCCUGGUUCAAAGCGUUGAUGAUAUCCUGCCUGUCCUUCACAACUCGGUUACCAGCGAGAUCGUGGGCACAAAGAAGCUGCUGAACAAGGACUUAGGGGAGCUGAUCAAUAAGAUGAGACUGGCCCAGCAGAACUCGGUAACAACACUGAAGGAGGAGUGCCAGAGACAGAUGUUGGCUGCCGCACACACCCUGGCACUGGACUCCAAGAACCUGCUGGACGCAGUGGACCAGGCCCGGGUCAUGGCCGACUUGACCAUGGCGACGCAGGAUGAGGACGACCCAGGGGAGUGAGGAGGGAUGGGUACUGUUAUUAAGUGUUUUGUGUUCAAAAUAACUUGAAAGGUUCUGAAUGGAUUUGGUUGACAUUUUCAGGAAUUGUCAGAAAUGGGAUAUAGAAGAACUGAAUACAAAGAACCUUAUUAAAUACAAGUCUUUCUCUUUGAUGUGUGUUCUAAACAUAUAAAAACAAAUUCAAAGGGCAUAACAAUAUAAAGGCAUAAAUCCAAUGUAUGCCUUCAUCAUGUUGUGUAAAAUUAUAUUUACUCCAACCACCAGUGGACCAAUUAGGGACAAUGACUCAGCUGAGAAGACAGUAAAUUAUUUAAUUUAUGAUUAUGAACCAUCUGACUGCAAGCCAGCACUUUACUAACAAUGAUAGUACACUGUUGUACCAGUACACAGUGUACCCCACCUUUUACACAAAGCCUUUCAGUUUGCUUCCGCUCACUGGUUGCAACCAAUUCAUACUUCAAAACAUUCCAACAUUUAGUGUCCUAUUUUGGCCAAUUUAAAGUACACAUUUCCAGUUACGGAAUCACUCUGGUGGUUGGCAGUUCAAAAAGGCCUUUGUCAUGUGGUAUAAAAUGAUACGAGACAGCUUCAGCUCAGAUUCAAAACUAUUUUGAUAUUCGUUCAACAUUUCAGCAUAUUUUCACAGCAUUUUAGCCCAGCUUCAGCUUCCAAACGGCUGCUAUGUUCAUUCUGUAUUUCAAUUUCCAUAUACCAUUUCAAAACAUUUCAGUCCAGCUUCAGCUUUUCAGAAUUCACACGCAUGUCUGCUGACAUUGCAUCAUCUAGUUUAUUAUGAUUGUGAAAAAACCUUGACAAUUAUAUUACAAUAUUGUGACAUUUCCCAGGUGCCUCUUGCCUUAAUGUGUCUUGCAUGCUUAGUCUCACAAGUAAAACAUCCAUUUGCGAAGGUAUUUGUUUUGUCUAGACUGUUUUUAUAUCUUUGUGUAAAACCUGAGGCUAUGUGUAUUUCAUUUCAUUUGUUCAUGCUGUGGCACGGUGACGUGCGGGUGAGAUUCAUGGCUGCUGGGACAUUUUUUAAUGUUAAUAUGAGUUAUUCACUGUGGUUAAAAAAAUAUUUUGUUUUCAAUAUAUU